GUUGUGCGAACGUUCCCGCGGUGCCCACCCUCUCACGAUAAUGGAGCCUCUCUCCUCACCCCGUACCUUGCCCCCUACGAAGAAAAGGAGGCCGAACUUUUCGGAAGAGAAGCUACUAAUGCUAAUAGCACUGACACAAACCUAACCUACCUUUGUUCAUAACCUCAGACAUUCAGACUAUGCUAUAUUGUAUAUGCAAGCUAUAACACCAUUUUUGUGAAAAGUUACCUUUAACAUUUAUCAGCACUAUGGUAUAUAUACAACACUUGCAACACAGUGAUGUCCCUGCUCACCCACGCGCGCGUGCAAAAUACUACGUUGCGAAGGAUUGGGGGUGGAUCCCUAAGUUUGUAGGCUUUAGGAAGGCAAAUAUGAGGAAAUGGUGUGCGCGUAAACUGCAUGCAUAUUUACCCCGUCUUCAAUUGUGAUGCUGUCCAUAAAGUAUGAGUGCAUAGGAACAUGGCAACAUACCUAUCUACUUACUAGUGCUUUGCAACUCCACAAAAAAAAUGUAUCAUUGCAAGAGGCAGUGGGAAGCCUAGCUUCUAACAAGUUUUCACCAAACUUCCUAGUUACUGUAUUACUAAACAUCUUACUGGUAGUUCAUUCACUUCUUACAGUUGUAUAAGUAGUAUAACUACGUAAACAUCGUUUAUAUGUAUUUCAUACCUGUAUGAACACACCCGCCUUAACCUGCGGCGCCGUAAUUCUCCUCAAAAUGGCCGCGCCGGUGUUUUGAGUAGACCAGGGGAAGCGCUACGGCCGGACGGAUUAAGCAGAUACGACGCCGUAACUUCGUUUCAGAAUCCGCCCCUGAGCGCGUCCGUCUUGUAUUGCCGACUGCGCGGCCGAGUACAACAUGUCGGCGCCAAUAAAACAAGAAAUGACGGAUGCAGACAGCAAGAUUUGGAGCCAGGAGGCCGAGGUGACAUUACUAGAAGUUAGGCAGCAUAGGUACUUGUGGGACCCACAAGAUAAGCUGUAUGAGAAGCUGAGUCUACGCAAAACAACUUUUGAGAGAGUGGCAGCAACAUCCGAGAAAUGUUUAUCUCUUUGCGAGAUAUCGAAGGAGGACCCGUUGGCGAGGCUGGAGCCCCCCCACCCCCCACCCCCAGGUAAACAACAACAGCUGAUCCUUCGCGGCGAGGAAGGCCUGUGUUACGCAAUGAGUCUGAUCCCAGACCCACAGCAAGAUGACGAACUCACCAUCCCCCGUGCCUCUAUGAACAAGAUGAUCAAAGAGCUGCUCCCCAAUGUGCGAGUUGCCAAUGAGGCACGCGAGCUCAUCCUUAACUGCUGCACAGAGUUCAUCCACUUGGUAUCCUCUGAGGCCAAUGAGAUAUGUAACCAGCAGCAAAAGAAGACCAUCAAUGCUGAGCACAUCCUUGCAUCACUAGACAGGUUGGGGUUUGGCGACUAUCGGGCAGAUGCUGAAGCUGUCCUGAAGGAUUGCAAGGCACUAGCGGCCAAAAAGCGCCGGAAGAGCACUCGCCUUGAGAACUUAGGCAUCCCAGAAGAAGAGCUUCUCAGACAACAGCAAGAACUCUUUGCUAAGGCAAGAGAAGAGCAGAUGAUGGUGGAGCAGCAGCAGUGGCAGAUGAUGCAGGCACAAGUUGCAGCAGCACAGCAGCAGCAGCAGCAGCUUGAGCAACAGGAUACAAGUGAUGAAGAAGACUAUUCCUAGGGUCAGGACCAGGGAGAGGAGGCACCUGUGGGUAGGACUACUAUGUCUGAACUGAUAUGAGUCCUGUACAUCAUAAAAAGUAUUAACCAUGAACUUAAAUGGAAUGCAGUUAUGUACCUGGUCUACACAAUUUGGUAGCAUCUGCUUGUGGAAAGUAACCAUGACAAAAACUUAACAGCAAACACUUUACUAGGGGACUUAUAAUGCCAGCCUACCCUGCAGGGGUGACAACAAGAAAGUGACAGUCAGACGUAGGUUUUAUGUCGCCUAAAAUUUCUACAUUUUAUACACCAGGUUUAGGGUCUGCCAGUAAUGUUUCUUCUAGAUAAUUUACUUACAGAUGUUCCUUAUUAAUGUUAUUAUAAUAAUUGAUAUUAUCAUUAUUAUCAUUAUUUGUAGUAGUAGUAGUAGUAUUGUUAUUAUGAUUGCUGCACAUUGUUAAUACAUAUCAUUUAAAAGUGUACCAUGGAACUCUCCUUCAUGGAGAGUGAGAACAAUGGAUCAGAUAUAUGAAUAAUAUACAUUUACCUUUUUA